CCACCAAUUUUAGAAUUAGGCGUGUAUUUCCAAGUGCUGGGACUAAAGGUGUGCGUCAACACGCACGGCCUGUGUGUGGGCACAUGCAUGUGCUAUGGUGUGCAUGCUCGUAUCUCCCAGCAUGCUGGCUCCAGGGGACUGAUAGGCCGUCAGGCUUGGUGACAGGCUUACCUGUUGAACCAUCUCACUGGCCUAAUUUAAAGAAUGUGACACUUGCUAACACGGGGAGUUUGGGAAGCCCUAGACCAUGAACUAUGCUCAGUGUCACUGGGAUGCAGAAAGCCCUUGGUUCCUCCUAUCCUUCUGCAUCAGCAUCUGUACGUCAGUGAGUUGGAGGUCUGGCUGAAGACCCAGGGUUUGGCCCGGGCAGAGGGCAGUGCUGGGAUGUAGCACCUGCACUACAGGACGGGACCGGGAACUACACACUCACACAGACAGAGACACAGGGACAGGAACGUGGGUCAUCCUUGAAACAAGAUGCCCCCUGUAUUGUGUACCAGGGCAGCUUAUGUAGGGAUCCUUAACUGAUAGCCACGCCCCAGCCAAGCCCACCAGAAACUCCCCUGCCUUCAGGAACUCCUGAGGGUCUUCUGCUCAGAGCAGCUGCAAACACAAGAAAACAAGUCAUUUACAGGAAAUUCAGGGUCUGGGGGUCCACAGCCCCCAACACUGGGACAAGCUCUUGGUUCAUCCCUUGUGUGGGUGAAACCCUGCUGUCCUGUGUCCCCGAGUCCUCUGUGCACCUAUCACUCCUCCAGCAGAUUCAGGCAGACUUCAUUUCUGAUCUGGGGACGGAACCGGAGCCUCACACUUGACAAGCACGUGCCGUGCCGUGCUGUGCUGCACCCCCUUCCUCAGCUUUGCUUUCUGAUGGGUAAGAUCCCACGUUUGAAGCUCUUUACCCAAGCCUAAUUUCCUAUUCUGUUAAAUCGCUCGACUUUGUCCUAAUGGCUUCCUGCUUGCUGCAGGCACAAUUACAAGGAAACCAAACUUCCUCACUGCAAAUGCGCACGCACGUGUUCUAAAAUGAGAGCCGAUCCACACUGGCGCAGGAAAAGUCCUGAGUCUUUAAUUAAGGGGCUAAAUCCAACCUCACGAAUGUUUCUGUGAGAACUGAUUGCUCCGGCUUGUGCGUCACGGCACGAGUGGAGAGGCAUGCAAGUUUUCAGUGGAUGUGUGCAGGCCCCAAAACAGCUGGCACGGGAGCUUAAAAUACCAGAGCUCCAGAGAAAGACCCCAUCCGCAGAGCACUGACCUGCGGACAGCCCAAGAGGAUGGGUGGCUGCCGAGCCAGAGGCCAAUGGCUGUUGGCCUUCGGGCUGCUGCUGCUGUGGGGGGCUGUGGCCACUGCCCUUCCGCUGGAGCGUGGUCCCACCGGCCAGGACAGUGGGGAAGCUGCGGAAGGGAAGAGGGCCAGCCUCCUGACUUUCCUUGCUUGGUGGCACGGGUGGACCUCCCAAGCCAGUUCCAGCGCCCUCAUCGGAGGGGAUACCAGCGAGGUGUCUAGGCGACAGGAAAGCCCACUUCUCCAGCAGCCCCCACGCCGGGAUAAAAAGCCCUGCAAGAACUUCUUCUGGAAAACCUUCUCCUCUUGCAAAUAACCCUGCCCUGGCCACCCCUGGAAAUGCACCCAUAGUCUGAAUAAAGAG